UUUAUACCUUAUCUGAUGCCAAUUUAAUGUUAGAUUGUAUGCAUUAAUAUUAGUUCAGCUGUUAUGUGCUGCCACCUAGUGACCCCCUUUGGGAUAGUUGUCCAUUUGUUAAUUAUACACAUCAUUCAAGGUUAAACCUUCCCCCUAAAGUUCACAGGAAGUAGAAGAGUAGCCAUUUUGAGCACACACAGGCAGCUCACAAGCAGAGGGACAGACCUUAGGAUCCUUCACCCUUACACAGGCCCUGGUUACAUAACCGUCUUUUUACAAAAUAAACUCUUCAUAAGGAUAAAGCAUUCAAGUUAUUCAACUCACAGAGCAGUCUGAGUAUUCUUUGCUGAGUCUUAUGUGGAGUGUGUUAAGCUGGCUGGUUAACCUAUAUUAUGCAAGGCACAGUAUAGUGUGGAAACAGUACAGUAAAAAGACGGUUGCAGCAGACCUGUAUACAGAAGCGACUGCAUCCUAAACAUGAGUCUGAGAUCGGGGAAGAAGUAUAUACCUGAUGAUGAGCCCCCCAUGAGACAGCAUGGCAGGGAGAAAGCUAGCGCCCAGCAAGAUGAGUUACGGUCACAUGCGUCCAAAUCAUCUAGGUCUAGCAAGAUGUCUGCAGCGAGUUCCCUAGCACUCAAAACACGAGCGAAGGCAGAGGCCACACGUGUACAGCUAGCCUUUGCAGAAAAAGAAGCUAAUGUGAAAAGAACAAUAGCAGAAAAACAGGCUAGCAUGAAAAGAGAAAACGCAGAAAGAGAAAGAGAAAUGGCAGAAGCAGAAGCAGAGCUGCAAAUUCUGCAGUGUCAGAGAGAAGCUGCCGCAGCAGCAGCUGAAGCUGCGGCCUACCUAGAAACAUAUUCAUCAGAGAGUGAGGGAACCCAUGAAGGCCCAGAAAUGCCGGAGAAACCUCUUUCCCCUGCAGAACGUGCAAGUGAGUACGUUCAGCGGGUUUCUAGUAUGCCAACCACUGAACGGUCGAUUAAAACUGAGCCAGCAGAAGUAUAUAGGCCUAAGCCGGCAGCAGUUACAAGUACACCAAGGCAGCACUACAGCGCUAGUGAUGUCAAACCAGCUAGAAAAUAUCCAGCAGAAUACCCAAGAGACAGAAUUCAGAGUUUCCCAUUGCCUCAGCCUAAAGAUUGUGUGCCUGAGCAACAAUGCAUACAAGAUAUCACUAAAUAUCUGCUACGCAAAGAAGCAGUUAACUCAAGCUUCAUCAAGUUUGAUGACUCCCCUGAAAAUUACUGGGCCUGGAAGUCCUCCUUCCAGAAUGCAAUCAAAGAUUUGAACCUUUCAGCCUCAGAGACACUUGACCUGAUGAUAAAAUGGCUAAGUACAGAGUCAGCCGAACAUGCAAAAAGUAUGCGCAGAGUGCAUUUGUUCAACCCUUCAGCAGGAUUUGAUAUGGCUUGGCAGAGACUAGAGAAAAAAUAUGGCUCACCUGAAGUAAUUCAGCGAACAUUACAAAAAAGGUUAGAUGCCUUCCCCAAGCUGACCAACAAAGAUGCCAAAAAACUAGAACAAUUGGGAGAUCUUCUGGAGAUAGAGUGUGCUAAAGAAGAAGGAUAUCUGAGAGGUUUAACAUACUUGGACAAUGCUAUUGGCCUUAAUCCCACGGUGGAGAAACUACCAUACCACAUGCAAUUAAAGUGGGCAUCUGUUGGAACCAAGUAUAAAGCUGAAACAGGAGACGAUUUUCCCCAGGUUUGUGCAGCAACAAGCACAGAUGAAGAAUGACCCCAGCUUUGCCUUUUACAGCAACCGUGAUCAAUCGCCUAAACCUGAAAGGCCUUACAGAUACCACGGUAAGACCUCUGUGUCCACACACAAAAUAUUUGUCCCUACAGAAACCUCACACUCUCAAACCAGCAGCAAGGAGGGCAGUAUAGAGAGCCCUGAUAGACAAUGUCCAAUUCACCGAAAGCCCCAUCCUUUAAAAAGGUGUAAAGGAUUCAGAGGCAAACCUAUAGGUGAAAGGAUGUAUUUUCUCAGACAGAAUGGCAUCUGCUUCAAGUGCUGUGAAACCACCAAACACAUAGCCAGAGACUGUAAAAUAUCAGUGAAGUGCUCAGAAUGUGGCAGCGAGAAACAUAUUGCAGCUUUGCACCCUGACUUACCUGCGCCACCAGCAGAGACUGUACAAGCCAGGACAGAUCACGGCAGGGAGCUUAGUGACAGCUCACCUCCUCCAGUAAUGUCUAAGUGCACUGAAAUCUGUGGCACAGGCAAGAGCUUCCGAUCAUGCUCUAAAUUAUGUUUAGUGACUGUGUUCCCCUCUGGACAAAGAGAGCGAGCAGUGAAAAUGUACGCAGUCCUCGAUGAACAAAGCAACUGAUCUCUUGCAAAGUCAGACUUUUUCAACAUCUUCAACAUUAAAACUACUGUUGCUCCAUACACUCUAAAGACUUGUGCAGGUGUUACAGAGACUGCAGGCAGAAGGGCCACAAACUUCAUUGUUGAAUCCUUUGACGGAAGAACACAGCUCCCUUUACCAGCAUUAAUAGAAUGUGAUAUGUUACCAGAUGACAAGGAAGAAAUCCCUUCUCCAGAAGUAGCUUAUUACCAUCUCCACCUCCGUUCAAUUGCUAACCUCAU